UCCUCCUCCUCUAAGAAGAGACACAACCGUUUUUAGAGAGAGAAAGAGAAAGUUGGGGAAAAUGGCAAGCGGUGGUUAUGGUGAUGCGAACCAGAAGAUCGACUACGUUUUCAAGGUGGUGCUGAUCGGCGAUUCCGCCGUCGGCAAGUCUCAGAUUCUUGCUCGGUUCGCUCGGAACGAGUUCAGUUUGGACUCCAAGGCUACUAUUGGUGUUGAGUUCCAGACUCGAACCCUAGUCAUCGAGCACAAGUCCGUCAAAGCUCAGAUCUGGGACACUGCCGGCCAAGAACGAUAUAGGGCGGUUACUAGUGCAUAUUACAGAGGUGCUGUUGGGGCUAUGUUGGUUUACGACAUAACCAAACGCCAGACCUUCGAUCACAUACCCCGUUGGCUAGAAGAGUUGCGUGCCCAUGCUGACAAGAACAUCGUCAUCAUACUGAUUGGAAACAAAACUGAUCUUGAAGACCAACGAGCAGUCCCCACCGAGGAUGCCAAGGAAUUUGCGGAGAAGGAAGGGUUGUUCUUCUUGGAGACCUCAGCACUGGAUUCAACAAAUGUUGAGAAUGCAUUCAUGACUGUGUUGACAGAGAUCUUCAACAUUGUGAAUAGGAAGAACCUUGUCGCAGGUGAGGAUCAUGCUAACGGCAACCCUGCAAACCUGUCUGGCAAGAAGAUUUUAAUCCCAGGCCCGGCUCAAGAAAUCCCUGUUAAGAGCAGGAUGUGUUGUACAUCAUCGUGAUUUGUUUUUGGGGUUUCCAGAUUUGUUUGGACGUUUGUUUCAUGUUUCCUAGUAAGUAUUUUUUUGGAUGUCUGAUAUAUGUUUGUUGUUAUAUAUAUCUUUUAUUUACUAUAUAGCUUAGUGUGCAAUGAGGAAUUGGUUAUUGUUUUGAACGGGGAAGAGAUGAUGAGACUGGUUGCAGAUUGUUUUUUUUUUUUGUUUUUUCUGAUUCAAAUUUUAUGUUUUAUGGUCGUAUGAAUUUAUUCUCAACAGUUAGGAUCC